CUCUUGAGUGAAUCCUCGGUUCCUGUUCGUACUAAGGCGCUUCGCUGUCUCUCAGCAGUGGUAGAAGCUGAUCCGGGAGUGUUGGCUCGAUCGGAUAUUGAAAUGGCUGUACGAUCGCGUCUUAUGGAUAUUUCCACGUCUGUGCGAGAAGCUGCAGUCGAUCUCUUAGGACGCUUUCUCAUCUGUCGUCCUGAACUCGCCAUCCAGUAUUAUCCAAUGCUCUCCGACAGGAUUAGAGAUAAGGGUGUUUCCGUACGAAAACGGGUCAUUCGUAUUCUUCGUGAUAUUUGCCUUGAACAACCCGAUUUCCCACGUAUUCCAGAGAUUUAUGUAUUAAUCAUUCGACGUGUCAACGAUGAAGAGAGCGUCAAAAAACUUGUCAGCGAAGUCUUUCAAACUCUCUGGUUCGCCCCUGUUCGGGAGAAAGAAUCGGCUAAACUGAUCAAUAAGGUGAUGAAUAUCACUGAUGUUGUGGUUAAUGCCUCCAAGGAUACUGGAAUUGAAUGGCUAGAGCAAUUCCUUGAAGGCCUUCUGGCAAAAGAAGAAGGCGAGAAGGUUCGCCCUGCUGAAAAGGCCUGUGUACAGAUUGUUGAAUGUUUAGUGCAGAAUAUAAUGCGACUAGAUGAGAUCAAGGGCAUGUCUAAACGUCUUGUGGCUUGUCUGGCCACUUUGCACUUAUUUACUAAAAUACGACCCAACUUAACUGUCAAACAUGCAAUGCUCCUUCAUCCAUAUCUCUCUGCUCGAGUCACGCCUUGUCCUGGGCCCUCCCAACAAGCAGUUCAAUUGGAUGCCCAUAUCCUCCACUAUGUCGCUCGAAUUCUCGAAGUCACUAUCCCUCUAAUGGAGCAUCCUUCCGAGUCUUUCCUUGGUCAGCUUGAAUCGGAUCUUAUUCGAGUUGCUCUGAGAGCUGGAAAGAUGGUUGUGGAGUCAUGCAUGGCUUGUCUAGGGGCAGUUGUCAAUCAGGUUUCAAAAAAUUAUGAACUUUUGAAGCAGUGUUUCUGGGGUUUCCACACUGCUCUGGAAACGUAUCAACGUGAUUGCAUUGCCUCUUUGCAAAGUGGUUCUGAACCCAAGUUAGCACCCACUCUUCGACCAUCUAUCCUUCGAGCACUAUUCACGAUGGGUCUGCUUUGCAAAUACUUUGAUAUUAAAGAAUUCACUCAUGACGGCAAUCCAAAAAUCCUCGAGGAAAUAUUUGAUAUCCUACUUUUUUUCUCGGAGCACAUGACUUCGGACAUGGAGGUGCGUAAAAAUGCUAUCUCUGGACUGGGAUUUAUUUGCACUCGACACAAGGAAUUCAUUAAUGGCAAGAAGCUUUCCAAAUUCUAUCACGAGAUUCUCACCGCCAAUGUUGAUUGUACUAUUACAAAGUCACCCCAAUUGGAACUGAAGAACCUCGUACUGGAAAAUCUUUUCAACUUCUUAACAGAAGAAGAGCGAAGAAUGCUUGAACAAGACGCUCAAUGUAAGUGUAAUUGGCAAGGGAUGCUAUUGUCUAACUAUGCAAGAAAGUGGAAAGCGACGCACAAAAAUGAGUCACUCAAAUAUAUGGGUGAUGUCGCCUCCGGAACAGGUAGUUCAGUGGCCCAAACCUACUUGAAAGAGGUCCUUGAAAAUUUCUUCUCUUCGCAAUCCGUUCGGUUGGCUGCCCUCUCUGUGGUGUCAACUAUUCUGCGACAGGGACUUACCCACCCAGUUCAAGCUGUGCCCUACCUCAUUGCUAUGCAAACUGAUUGUGAUCCUACCUCACGAGUCAAAGCCGAAGCUCAGUUACAGGAGAUCGAAAAUAAAUUCCCUGGAUUUACCAACAUGCGAGCAAUUGAAGGAGUGUGUUUCUCCUACCGGCUUCAACGUGUUUUGCACAUGGCGAAGAAGGCAAGUGGAGGCGAUAGAAGGGAAUCCGUUGGAGAUGGUGCCUCUACUGAGGCGGCUUGUAACAACUCUACGUCCUCUAGCAGACAGACUCGUCGAAAUACCGAUAAUGGAACUACUGUUACUGCAAGUGAAGAAGGAGCCAAUCCCUUCGCAAAUGCUAUUCGGGGUGCAAAAGAGGUGGAUUCAGAUGUUCCCAACGCCCUCAACUCCCAACUAUAUUCAAUGCUUCGGGCCAACAUCACCUCUCGACGAGCCUUCCUCAAAGGCAUGAUCAAUCUCUUUGACGAGAUGCAGGACAUCUCGCUUGGAAGGUUGGUCUAUGUUGCUGAUAAUCUUGCAUUCUUCCCCUACCAAUGCCAAGCCGAGCCACUGUUUGUGAUCCAUCACAUUGAUCUUCUUGUAAGUGUUAACGGCUCCACACGACUUCAGGCUGUCCGUGAGGCCUUUUUUCCUGAACUCAAGGAACUACUAGCCGCUCAGGCCGCUCUCUCCAACAAUGGACAGCUCACUACUACCGCGAACACUUGGUCAUCCGCGGGAUUUGCUGUAAAUGACAUUAUGUAUCAUCCCGAUGUUCAAUCAGCCCAGCAUGCGUCUGAAAUCCAGGAAGCUCUCAUGCGCUUGGACUUAGAGGAAGAGAAGGAAGAUGUUCUGAUCGGCCGAGUGACUUCUGCUAGUGCAGAUCAACUGAGUCAAAUUCGCGAGUCUAUAAGAGCCAGUCGUGCGUGUCUCUUGCUGCUCAAUUUGAAACAAUACCUCAAGGAGGUUUAUGGAAUAACUGAUAGCAAGGUUCAGAAAUUUUCCCCUUCUGAUGCCAACAAAAUGUGGGAUAAGCCAUUGACUCGAAAGAGCGGAGUCAGGUUCACUCCUGACCUCUGUCUACGAUCAGCGAUCGAGGAACUUGAGAGUGAAGAAAAUCCCGACUCUUAUAAAAACGCUCUGACUAUGUCGGAGGAGAUGGCGAGGGAUUUAGUACAAGAGUUUUUUGAAUUCAGGAAACUGAUUCUAUCAAUUGAUCCACCAGAUGACGAAGGCUUAGAUGGCGCUGUUGCAAACGUGGACGACGCUGCUUGUCAAGCUAAUCCAGGUGAGGAUGUUCCUUUACGACUGGCGCCUGAUCGAUCCCUGGUUCCCCAAUCGCAUGCCCCCCACUCCUCGGACGAGGGAGACGAUUCGGCUGACUCUGAUGCAGCGGGUGCUUCUCGACUUCUUUUGGCUCAAUCGGCUCCCCAAAAGCGUCGAGGCGGUCGCAACCUUCACACGGCCGGUCGAGGCUCUAAAGCUGCACCUCCUUCCACCUCUAAGCGGAAAUCCUCGUCACGGCAACCUAGGUCACGUUCCGCCUUUAUCCUGAGCAGUGAAUCAGAGUCAGAAGUUGAAUCCCUAUCGGAAGAGGAGGAAUCAAUUUAG